AUGAAUAACCUCGUCGUGUUCGUGGUGGCUGCGGCGGCCAUGGCAGUGUUUCCAACCUGUUUCGGUGUCGGUAUCGGUAUCGGUGUCGGUCUUCCUCUGGGUCUUGGUCUCGUCGCUCCAGGUUCUUCUUCAGCUGCCUGGGCACUCGAGGCUAUUGUUGCGAUAAAUACUACUUCGUCGUCCUCUUCCACCGCCGUCGCCACGACUACAGCACCGGCAUCUAGUGCCUCGUCCUCUGUUACUCUCAAAUCAACUGUCGACCCAAUCGUCGUUCCAACGGCGCUCACCACUCUCCCCACCGGCUCACCACUUCCCACGACCCUCGAAACCAUCACCAUUUUGGAAGUCCCAGUACCGAUUCCGAUUCCUCCUGUCACGGUAAUCUUGACAGACAAUGCAACCACGGUAACAGUGGUGGUCACAUCGACACUUCUCUCGACCGUGUCGCCUUCGCCAUCGCCGUCGCCGUCCUCUCUACCUCCCGGUUCGCCUCAUACCAGCACCAGUGGCAGCGACAGCCAAAACGAAAGCGGUAAUCAACGUCUCUCCACAGGAUUCAUCGUGUCGACCAUCUUUGCCAGUCUCGGAGCAUCAUGGUUCAUCUUCUGCGUCGUCAUCCUACUUGUUCUGCGUCAUCAACAACAUCAAAAAGACCGUCGUCGAGACGAAUUCGCCGCCGCCGCAACAACAACAACAACACCACCACCGCAACCAAUACAUCGUCAACAUGACGAGAAGGGAGAUGACUACACUGACACAAUCAAUCUUGACCACCACCACCACCACCAUCACCACAACUCGACUGCCAUGACGGCAUCUCUGGGGUCACCCUCACCAGCUGCGCCUUCGCCAACACUUCAAAGCACGCCGGUUGAUGCACCGAGCCCUCCCCGGGCCCUCAACCGCCGGCGCACGCGUCCUCAUCUCUGGCUCGGGCACAGAAGGACAAGCAGUGGUCUAAUGGCCAUUCCUCCGUCCCCUUCUCCGUCUCCGCUUCCACCUCCUUCACCUGCACCUGCACCUGCGCCUGCGUCUGCGUCUGCGUCUGCGGUUGCGUCCACAUCUGACUCUGUGUCUAUGUUUGCCUCUGCGUCUGUGGUCAGAGACACGGCUGCCGGUGGUGGUGGUGGUGGUGGUGGUGGUGGUUCUUCUUCUGCUUCUGCUUCUGCUUCUUCUCCUUCUUUCCCUCCCGCCGUCGCCGCGCCGUCAACCAUAAUGUCUCCAGAGGAAAUUGAACGCUGGGCCCGUUUCGGAGACGACAUCAAUCCCCAGUGCGACGAGUACUGGAGCAUCCUAUCCUUCGGAGAUGCAAGCGAAGCGUUCGGUCUUGUGGAACGUCCCGUGGGUGUCCGUCACUCUAUUUAG